AUGUGCGGCAUCCUAGCCCUCAUGCUAGGCGACUCGGCCAAUGCCGAUGCUGCCGUCGACCUGCACGAGAGUCUCUACUAUCUCCAGCACCGGGGGCAAGAUGCUUGCGGCAUUGCUACCUGCGCCACCGGAGGCAGAAUAUUCCAGUGCAAGGGCAACGGGAUGGCCUCAAAGGUCUUUGACGACGGAAGGCGCGCCGCCGACCUUCCGGGCUACAUGGGCAUUGCCCAUCUGCGCUAUCCCACAGCAGGCACGAGCUCGGAACUAGAUGCUGACCCGCCGCCCCGUGCCCAGAGCGCCGAGAGCCAACCGUUCUACGUUAACUCGCCCUACGGAAUCUGCUUUGCCCACAACGGCAACCUGAUCAACGCCCCGGCCCUGCGCAGCUACCUCGACCAGGAGGCGCACCGCCACGUCAACACGGACUCGGACAGCGAGCUGAUGUUAAACAUCUUUGCCAGCGCCCUCAACGAGACGGGAAAGGCCCGUGUUAACGUCGACGACAUCUUUAGCUCGCUGGCCUCGACAUACCAGCGGUGCGAGGGCGCGUGGGCCGCCACCACCAUGAUUGCUGGGUUCGGAAUAUUAGCCUUCCGCGACUCGUACGGCAUCCGCCCCCUCGUCAUUGGAUCCCGGCCCUCGGCCACCCUCGAGGGCGGCGUCGACUACAUGCUGGCGUCGGAGAGCAUCGCCCUCCGCCAGCUCGGCUUCCGGGACAUCCGGGACAUCUUGCCCGGUCAGGCUGUUUUCAUCCAGAAGGGCGGCAAGCCCCAGUUCCACCAGGUGGUCGAGAGGAAGGCAUACUCUCCCGACAUUUUCGAGUUUGUCUACUUCUCCAGGCCCGACUCGGUAAUGGACGGAAUCUCCAUCAACCGGAGCCGGCAGAACAUGGGCGCCAAGCUGGCCGGCAAGAUCAGGGAGAUCCUCGGGGAGGAGGGCAUCAAGGAGAUCGACGUGAUAAUACCCGUCCCCGAGACUGCCAACACGGCGGCGGCCGUCGUGUCGGAGCGCCUCGGCAUACCCUUCUCCAACGGCUUCGUCAAGAACCGUUACGUGUACCGGACCUUCAUCCUGCCCGGCCAGAAGGCGCGGCAAAAGAGCGUGCGCAGGAAGCUGAGCGCCAUGGAGUCCGAGUUCAACGGGCGGGUCGUGUGCCUGGUUGACGACUCCAUCGUGAGAGGAACCACCAGCCGCGAGAUUGUGAGCAUGGCGCGCGAGGCGGGCGCCCGCAAAGUCAUCUUUGCGAGCUGCGCGCCACCAAUCAUGCACCCCCACAUUUACGGAAUCGACCUGGCCACGCCCCAGGAGCUGAUUGCGCACGAGAAGACGCGGACGGACAUCGCGCGGCACAUCAACGCCGACGAGGUCAUCUACCAGGACCUCGACGACCUCAAGGACGCCUGCACCGAGGCGAACCCCGACGGCCAGGUCAAGGACUUUGAAGUGGGCGUCUUCUGCGGCAAGUACAAGACGGCCGUGCCGGAGGGCUACUUUGAGCACCUCAACGAGAGCCGCGGCAAGAAGCGCAAGACGGCCUCGACGUCGGACGAGCCGGCCGCCGGCGGCUCCCCGUCGGUGGUGGCGGUGGGAAACAGCGGCCCGGUGGGCGUCGUCGACGCCGCGGGCGAAACCAGCGAGGCCACGCUGCGGCUCAGGGCCGAGGCCCAGCAGGAGGCCAAGGACUCGCAGAGCGACGCGAAUCGCGAAGACAUUAGCAUCCACAAUCUGGCAACAGACUUUUCUAGUCGGUAG